AUGUGGCUACUAGCAACACUGGUAAACUUCAUAUUCUUUCUGCAGGUUGCCACUGCAAAGAAGGGAGUUCCAGAUAAGACCAACCUAAUCAACAAGGUGGAGAGAGUUUCACUCUAUUCGUGUUACGUUGGGUUGAGAAAACUUCCAUGGCAAUACACCCUUGCGAAUAGAUUCUCUGACUACACAUGCGAGUACACUCCAGCGUUUGAAUCAUUUGUGUACUGCAUUUAUCAAAACAAUCAAGAAAAUGGAAAUUCUACAAAGAUCUUGGAGAAGUCGUUUGAGCAGGUAAGGCGGUUCUGUGAUAUACCGAGAGUUUUGAAUAAGACGGAUAGCGAUUUUUACCAUGCGUUGAACAAUGGUACAAAAUACAUGCAAAGUCAAAUCACUUCAGGCGCUAACAUCACCUAUCCCGUCCAGCUUGAUACCAAAAAAAGGAAACAAUACUAUCGUGCUUACUAUGGGUACUACUACAACUAUGACAGUGGUAACUACUUUGGUGGAUAUAUCUGUGCUUACUUCUUUGGGAUCUUAUUACUUGCUGGAGCCUUUCGUCUGGUGCGGUACACGCCGCUUCAAAAGGUUCUAUUCAAACAAAAACUUGUGAACUAUAUUAGAGGUUAUCUGAUACUCCCAACUUUGGGCAAAAAGCAUGCUGAUCCAUUUUCUUACCUCAAAGUUAUUACAGGUUAUCUUCCUACGCGAUUUGAAACUUUAGUUGUCACUGGAUAUCUCAUCAUGCACACUGUGUUUAUGUCAUGCAACUACAUUUACGAUCCCUUGAAUGUCAUUUUCAAGAGCCAUGCUAUUCAGGUCUCGCGGUUUGUCGCAGACAGGAGUGGUGUUCUCUCGUUUGCCCAUUUCCCAUUGAUCGUGCUCUUCGCAGGAAGAAACAACUUCCUAGAAAUGAUUUCGGGUCUACAUUAUACAUCUUUCAUUGUUUUCCAUAAGUGGUUAGGAAGAGUGAUGUUUUUGGAUGCAGUAAUUCAUUCUGCCGCGUAUACUAACUAUACUUUGCUUUCCCAAACUUACAAAAGGAGGAAAACUAGAACAUACUGGAAGUUUGGUAUCGCUGCAACUAUCCUGGCAGCUGGCUUGAUGUUAACAUCAGUGGCGGCAUUCAGAAGACAUUACUAUGAAACAUUUUUGUUUAUGCAUAUUGUUUUGGGCGCCCUUUUCUUCUACGCUUGUUGGCAACACGUCAUGACCAUCAGCGGAAUUGAGUGGGUCUACGCUGCUAUUGCCAUUUGGGUUGUCGACAGACUUGUCAGAAUCGUCAGACUUUGUUUCUUGGGCUUCCCCAAGGCGCAGAUAACGUUGAUCGGUGAAGAUUUGAUCCGCGUCACCGUACCAAAAUCCGCCAAAUUUUGGAAAGCGAAACCAGGGCAGUACGUCUUUCUAUCCUUCCUACAUCCUUUGUGCUUCUGGCAAUCCCACCCAUUCACAGUCAUGGACUCCUGCUCGAAGGAAGAUGAGCUCGUUAUCAUCUUCAAGGAGAAAAAAGGUGUCACUAGAGUACUCAAGAAGUACCUAGCCCGCAAUAAUGGCAAGGCCUCAAUGAGAGUAGCUGUUGAAGGGCCAUACGGUCACUCAUCUCCAGUCCAACGCUUUGAUAACGUCUUAUUAUUGACGGGUGGUAGUGGUUGGCCAGGACCGAUUGCACAUGCUAUCAAUCUGGGCAAAUCUUCAGCAGCAAGCGGCAAAUCAAAUGUUCAAUUAGUAGCUGCCGUCAAAGGAUUCGAUACUCUCGAAGCUUACAUGCCGGAGUUGACAGUGUUGAAAAACUUGAAUGUUGAUCUUCAUCUUUACAACACUAAACCACCUUCCCCAAUAAGGGUCACUGUGGCCUCUACCGAUAAAACUGAAGAACCAGGAGAGAAGACGUCUUCUGUUGAGGAAGGAUGGGAACAAGCUUCAUCAUCGGACCAGUCAAUCCCAGAUUUAGAGUUCGCUACAGUUCAUCAAGGUAGGCCUGAUGUUGAGCAAGUGAUCAAUGCCUGCGUUAAGCAGCCUGGGAAAACUGCAAUUGUGAGCUGCGGUCCACCUGCCUUUGUUGAUGCUAUAAGAAACAAAACUGCCGAGGCGGUUAUAAAGAAUCCGUCGUCUGUUAUCGAGUAUUUCGAGGAGUAUCAGGUCUGGUAA